GUUGCUCUGGGAGGGCAGGAGUCUGCAGAGGAAACAGAAAGUUCAGAGGGGCACAAAAGAAGAAGGAACAGAAUUAGAAAAAGCAGAGGACCUCCCUCCUUCUCAUUCUGCAGCUCCUGCAAGAGCCAGCAGCCCAGAAGCAUUAUCUAAGCUGCCACAGUAGAUCUUGACCUUUUUAACAGAGUAUCUCUUAUCAUCAUCAUCAUGGCCGAGAUUACAGCAGAAGGACGUGUGUCUACAACCACGACGAUAAUAGAUGGUAAGAACGGAUCCGUUCCCUCACCAUCCAUGAAAGUUGGCAAGAAAUCAGUUACAGAAGACCUUGUGACAACGUUCAGCUCACCAGCAGCAUGGCUUCUUGUUGUUGCUCUGAUUGUUACCUGGUCAGCAGUAGCUAUUGUAAUGUUUGACUUGGUGGAUUACAAAGCCUUUGCAGCCACCUGUUCACAACAUUGCGAUGAUCCCUGUUUACCACCCGGAAGAUCUGUUAACAAGCUCAGCACAGAACCUCUGAGAAUCAUUCAUGAGACACUGGAAGAAUCCACUGAUUGGCUUUAUGGCUUUAUUUCUUUACUGUCUGACAUCGUAUGGAGUGAUGAUGAUGACAGUGAUGAAGGUGAAGUGGAACCUUCCCUGACAAAAGAAAUUCAUAAACAGAAACUGGAGAGACAGGAAAAAAGAACAGCACCAAAGGUAACUCACAGGGAUAAACCUGAAAAACAAGAAAAAAUUGAGAGGAAGGAACCCCUCAAGGUGACCCAUAAAGACAAACUGGAAAGACAAGAAAAACCUGAAAAAAAGGAAAGGCAUGCAGCUAUUCACAAAGCGAAACCUGAAAAGCCAGAAAAACAUGAAAAGAAAGAACCUUCUAAAGUAAUUCAGAAAGACAAACCUGAAAGACAUGAAAAAGCUGAAAAGAAACCUCCCCCCAAAGAGGAGAAGAAAGUAAAAAGCACUAAAGUGGAAGCAAAAGUUAAAAAGGAAGUGAAGGAUGGAAAAGGAGAAGAAAAGACGGCUGAGAAGGUCAAGCAGGCAGAGACUAAAACAACAGAAGUUGGGCUAAUAAGGGCCAAGCCAAAAGUUAAGGAGGAGAAAGCUCUUCAGACUGUAACUAAAUCGGAAAAGAAAGAUCAAUAUGCAUUCUGUCGCUAUGUGAUUGACAUGUUUGCGCAAGGGGAAUUUUAUCCAGGACAUAAGGAAAUGGUACCACCUCGUCUUCUUCUAGAACAUAGUCCAAGAAAGAAACCAACAGCUAUUGAAGAGAGAAAAGAGGAAAAGAAAAAGAGUGAUGUAAAGAGGGCUGCAACUGAAACUAAGAAGAAAGAAAAAGAAGGGAAAAAAGAGAAAGCUCAUGAGAAGACAGCUGUCCCUGAAAUUAAAAAAGCAGCUUUGCAAUCCCUGAAUCAGAGGCGUGUGCGGGGCACGCAGCCUCCUCACCACCCCCGUGCCCAUCCCCGUGUCCACAAGCAUCUCCUUCUGCCAGGAGCUGCCACCGCUGCUCCUCACUCUCACCUACCUUGUCCCAGAAGACUCACCCCUGACAGGAGGCCCGCUAACCAAGCUUUCCCCACAGAGGAGCAGUGGUGUGCACAAGCUGUCAGGACCUCCAUGAACCAUUUCCUAGUUGUACAGGUGAAACUAGUUGAAAAAGUACAUAAGGCCCCAAAUAAAAAAGAAGUUGCUGCAUCCAAAGAACUCAAAAAGGCAGCAAAAGCUCCUGCAGCCAAACCAGCCACCAAAAAGGCAGCAGCACCAGGUAAAGGAGUAAAACGCUCACACUCGAUGUAUUUCUUGUAUUCUUGA